ACAACUUAAAGUUUAUGUGAAAGAAGUUGCAAACCUUUCGAAAAUAGAUCGUCAUUUGUGUUUUCGCUCUGGACCAAAAUACAAAUAAUUGUGCAUCUAAGCGGCCGCCCGCCUCGGAUAUGAAUCAUACGACUUUCCAACAUCCUCCUCCUCAAGUCACCUAACUUGAACACCGCAAUUGGACAAAAUGAAUACUGGUGUUCGACGUCUGUAUGGCGUCUCAAGAAGUCUCCCACGGCCCUUCAGACGUUCGAUAGCAACAGGGGCUAGCGCCUCGGAGACAGCGACCAAUGAGCCUGUCAAAGCCACUCCUAAAUUUGAGCCUAAAGCUGAAGACUCACCAACAAAGGUUCACGAGAAUCUAGACAAGCGAUAUGAAAUUGGAGGUCGAUUAGAAUUUGGUCCAGAUCCCUUAGAUAGGCAUGAUGAGAAGGGAUUACUAAAAUGGGGAGCUUGGGGUGUCCCGAUCAAGCUUGAAACUGCAAAGGGUGGAAGCGUUACCACUGCUUCGAACUUUUGGCUUAGGGAUAAUUGCCGUUGUGAUAAAUGCAUCAACCAAGAUACUAUGCAGAGAGCAUUUGAUACCUUCUCAAUUGAUUCAGAUAUCAUACCAGAAGAAGUGAUCACGGAGAAAGACGGUCUCAAAGUGAAAUGGGCCGAGGAUGGGCAUGUCAGCAAGUAUGAUUGGGAUUGGCUCAUAAAGCAUAGGAGUAAUCCUUUGCCUGGUUAUAUGGAUAAAGAAAAGAAGUUGAAUAGACAUACAUAUUGGGGAGCUGAAAUUUCCUCGAACCCUCCUUCAGUUCACUAUGACGAGAUUAUGGGCGAUGAAAAUGGCGUGGGGGCAUGGACAGACAAAAUUCGAGAGUAUGGAUUUUGUUAUGUUGAUGGAUGUCCUGUCUCUCCAGAGAAGACGCAAGAGCUUCUAGAGCGAAUCGCGUUCAUUCGUGUGACACACUACGGCGGCUUCUACGACUUCACUGCGGACCUCACCAUAAAAGAUACAGCUUAUACCAAUCUCGCUCUGCCAGCUCAUACAGACACAACUUACUUCACUGACCCAGCCGGGCUUCAGAUGUUCCACUUACUAUCCCACACCGAUGGAUCUGGUGGCGCUUCUCUUCUCGUUGAUGGAUUCAACGCUGCUCGCGAGUUGGAGAAGGAAUCUCGAGCUGCAUACGACAUUCUUGCUAAGACUCCCAUAAGCUGGCAUGCGAGCGGCAACGAAGGCGUUACCAUUACUCCCGCCAAGAAAGUGCCCGUUCUCAAUUUCCAUGAUGUGGUUGAGAAGAAAGUACCGAACUUGAUGCAGGUGAGGUGGAAUAACGAUGAUAGAGGUGUGGUAGCAUUGAGAGAAGAUCAUGGUAUGGGCGCCGAGAAGUGGUAUAGCGCAGCGAGGAAGUGGAAUGCGAUCUUGAAGAAGAAGGAUAUGGAGUAUUGGGCACAAUUGGAGCCUGGUCGACCAUUGAUCUUUGACAAUUGGAGGGUGUUGCACGGGAGAUCUGCGUUUACGGGCAAGAGAAGAAUUUGUGGUGGCUAUAUCAACCAUGACGAUUACGUCUCCAGAUGGCGGAACACGAAUUCCUCAAGGGAAGAAGUCCUCAAGCAAAUAUUGUGAGCUCAGAUGCAUGACACAACAAGCAUGGAACCUAGGUGUCAAGGGGAAAAAAGUCUGCGUCAUAAGUCUGGACUAGGGCAUGCUACUUAAUACCUAGAAACAUACUUCAAUUCCAAAGGUGUAGAAUGUUGAUAUUUCGUGAUGCAAAUGAAAGCAGACCAGUAGUCAUCUUGAAAUUAGAGAAUUGGAAUGGGGAAAGUUCUUCCAUUAGACGUGUCUAGAGCGAAAGAAACGGAG